AUGGCGGAUGUAGCCGCCGUCCGGAGCCAAGUGGUUCUGGUCGUGAACAGCCUGGGCCGAACCCUGCUGGCCCAGCUGAGGGAGGCGGAGCGUGGGAGCCGCGAGCGCCGCUCUCAGGUGAAGCUAACCGUGGCUAAUAGCAACACUUCCGGCUCCAGCGGCGCCUGUCGGGGUUUCUUGGUGCGGCGGCCCGGUGCCCCGGUGCGGCGGCGGCCCGGUGCCCCGGUGCCCCGGUGCGGCGGCGGCCCGGUGCCCGGUGCCCCGGAGGAACUGGGAGUGGCAGUGGACAGGCUGUGUCUGGAAGCUGCCGAUCAAAUCCUGAAGAUCCUGGAAACCAGCAUGACGAGGCAGGAAGAGGCUCCGCCCACACCGGCCGACACCCGUGGAGGCUUAAUGAAGACCCAGACAGGUGAGCAGGAGCCCGGCGCAGGCCACGCCUACUUCCUGUACGGAGUCAGUGACGGAGCGGCUGCAGAGCAAACGCUGACCAUGUUUCCUUUUCUGAGCGCUGCUGGUGACAGCAGGCGCCUGCUGGUGGCGCUGCAGAGCGCUGGGGGUGAGUCUACCUGCUGCAGUGCGGAGGACGGAGCCCUGAGGAGCUCCUGGUGGCAGCAGAAGCAGCGCGUCUCAUCUCACAGCGCCACCUGGCGGCGAGGCCAAACGCUGCGGGCGGAGGCCGGCUGCGACCACGGCGAGCGAGGAGCUUCACCUGCGGUGCUGGCGCUGCAGCAGGCUGUUCCCCAGCGCCGAGCGGCUGGCCGACCACCACAGGAAGUCCACCCGCUGUGCUCGGUGUGCGGCGCGGCGUUCAGCGGCGUCCUGAAGCUCCGGGAACACCAGCUGAAGGAGCACGGCCUCCUGCCGUUCGCCUGCGGCUUCUGCCCCAAAAGCUUCAACCACAAGACGCACCGCGACCUGCACGUCAAGGCGCGACACACCGGCGACAAGAGCUGCCGCUGCGACAUCUGCGGGAAGGGCUACUCCUGCGUCGGCGCGCUAAAGACGCACCGGGUGACGCACUUCAGCAAGACCUUGAUGUGCGAAGUCUGCGGCAAGGCCUUCUACCACGCCUCCCACCUGACGCGACACACGCUGGUGCACCAGGAGCCGCGCCCAUUCAGCUGCUCCACCUGCGGGCGGCGCUUCACGCAGGCCGGCAACCUGCGCAGCCACCAGGCCACGCACGCCGGAGAGAAGCAGCUCUGCUCCGUCUGCGGCAAGAGCUUCCGCUGCCUGAGGAACCACAUGAUCAGCCGACACGCCCAGGAGGCGGCGGCGGCCGGCCUGCUGCCGCCGGCCGUCACCUGCCAGGUCUGCGGGAAGAAGUUCCCCAACCCGUCGCAGCACCGGGCGCACCAGCGCAGCCACACGGGGGACAAGCCGUUCCACUGCGAUGUGUGCGGGAGGAGCUACCGGCUGCAGCAGCUGCUGCAGGACCACCGCUACACCCACGGCGGGCAGAAGCCCUACAGCUGCUCCGCCUGCGCCCAGACCUUCAGCCGGGCCUCCAGCUUCCUGCGGCACCGCAGCAUCCACGGCGGCCAGGCGCCGCACAGCUGCCAGCGCUGCGGGAAGCACUUCCGGCUGCGCAGCUUCCUCCGGGCUCACCUGCAGACCCAAGCUCACCUGAGGCGGAUGCAGCAGAGCCUUUAAUCCCAGAUUAGCAGCUGGGAUGGACGAUCUGGACGGUUCGGUUCCUUCGUCUGCUUGACUGUAAUCUGUCACUACACAGAAACACGGCCCUGAGGGACACCAGCUGGACGAGUUUCUGACCCGGUCCAGAGCCUGUUAAUCCCAGCUGCCGGUUCUGGACCAGCUCUCUGCAGCAGAGCACUGGUUUGACUGGUUUCCAGUUGAGCAGCUUGAGGGAGUCCAGUAAAUCCAGAUGAUGAUGUGUAAUCCAGCAGACCUGCUCAGAUUAAGGAACGUGUCCAGGCGAUAAUCCCGCCUCGGUGUUUGAACCAUAAUCUGCGGUUUGUUUACGUUCCAGAUGCUAAUCAGAACCACAACAUGUUUGUUUCAUCGUUUGAUCAUCAGAUUAUCAGCUUCUGGGAU